AAUAGAUAUUACUCAAAUAAAAAACAUGUAUGUGAACUGAUCAAAGAAGCGACGCCGUUUCAAUGAAAGCACUCCGGUCCGGGUCGAGACUCGAGAGUGCUAGAGAGUUUCGUCGACACUGAUUAAGGAAAGGACUCCAUCUCUCGUGAAUGGCAAACGGCUGAAGCGAACAGCGACGGGAAUUGACGAAAGAGACGACAGCAGAAUCCUGACGAGAUAAGCGAAAUCCAGAAGCUUACUCUAUCGCCGAAGAUCUCUCGAGCUGGAGGAGAGGAGGAAAGCAGAAGAGAAGGUGGGAAGAUAGCCUUAGAGCAUUGCCGCAAAAGUUUUCUGCUUCGCGCGUCUGAGUUUGCUUUCGAUCCGCAAAAGGUUCCGUUCUCGUAUAGAUUUCGAUUAUGGCGUUGCAAAGUGGGGAAUUAUAUUGGAAUCAACUGUUAAUCGUCAGUUGAGAAUCGUGUGUUAAUUUCAAUUCGAAAACUCCGGAAGUUGAGGAUAGUAAAGAUAGCUGUUUCUACCAAAAGAAGAUAGCUGCGGUGUUAGCCUUUGAUUCUUCGAGUUCCUUGUUUAGCUCCGACCUUGCAACUUCUACCAUAACAGUGAUUUUCUGGUGCACUUCAUCGAACUGAAGUCUCAGGGGAAUGGAAAUCUUAGUUUUGUUCCAGUCUUUUCUCCAAAUCGCUAGUUAUAGGUUUAUAGGAGGUAGCCUAGCAUCAGUUGGAUCUCCAGCAGCCCAGCUGUGUUUCUGUAGGAAUGCAUUCUGCAUAGUUGCUCUUUUGAUUGUUAUUUCCAACCUAUUAAUGUGGCUUUCUCUGGUUCAAGAAAUCUAUAUAUGCUUGCAAUGUGCUUAUGUGAAUGGGCGGAGUUGUCAAUUAGUGUUUGUCAUUGUUUUCUUUCUGGCUGGAAUAGAUUGCUCUUGUCUUUCGGGGAGGUUAAAAGUGGUUGAGGAUGGGUUCCCAUGUGGAUGAUUUGCAAGAUGCUAAUGCAGCUUCAACUUCAGAGCCAAAACCUGAAGAAAGUGGCGUGGAAGCUCGGGUAGGAGUUUUGUGGGAGCAAAUGAACAAGGGAUUCAAUAAGAACGCUAAGCAUGAAUCAAAGAAGCGUACUCAUACUUCCUUACAGAAGCCCAAUGAUAAUUGGAUGACAUAUCUAGGUCUAACACCAAAGACAAAUGGAUCUCCUGCAAAUGAUGCGCAACAAAAGGGAUCACCAGAGGAAUUGAAUAAGAGAAUACCUAGCAAGGAAGUCGUGUCUUCUCCAAACAAGUCUAGUACAAGUGUGGAUCAAACUUCGCAAAAGAAGUCUGAUAGCUGGAAGAAUUAUCUCGGUUUGGGAACAAAGCAGGCGGCACAAUCAUCGGCACUGGAGGCAUCAUCACAGGAGAAACCUAAUGGUUUGCGUACAAGCACAAGUGAGGAGGCCAAGAAGUUUGCUGCUGCUGCUCUCUCCGCAGUUAAGGAUGCUGCAGCUGCUGCCGCGCUCAAGGGAAAAGUUGAGAUAAUGGAGGUUCGGGAUUUUGCUGGUCGUGAUAUCGAGGUGAAGAAGCUAGUUGAUGCGGAGUCAAAAGAGGCAGCCGAAAAGGGGAAAGCAGCUGCAGCACCCUCUGCCGUGGAUGCUGUGCUCGAACAAAUCAAGAAGAAACAAAAGCUGAGUGUGCUGGACAAGACGAAGAAAGACUGGGGAGAGUUCAAGGAGGAGAAUAAAGGGCUUGAAGACGAGCUAGAAACGUACAAGAAGAGCUCAAACCAGUAUUUGGAUAAGCAAUCGUUCCUGCAACGAACAGACUAUAGGGAGUUCGAGAGGGAGAGGGAUGCCAGGCUGGCGAUGCAAGCCAGGAGACGAACUGAUAUGCGCGAGGAUUAAUGAAUCGCAGAGAAGAGGUUAGCAUGGAGAGAAGAGAGACCCUCCUGAGGUUGAAAGGGUCUUGAUUUCUGGUCAGGGUCUCAGGGAUGACUUAGUUCGAGCCAUUGUUUGAUUCUGAAUCGAGAGAAAUGAGAGGAGCUGUUGGCUGCUGACGCCCUGCAGUAAACAAGAGGAUGAAAGAGGAGCUGCUAGCUGCAGCUUUUCCCCGACCUCCAUGAUUGUAUGAAUGGAUCCGAGGGAAACGAUUUAUUUGGGAUAUCCACUAACUCAUCAUUUUUUUCACAGGUUGUAUUGAUCGAUUUGUGUAUGCGGUAUGCCUUGGAAUUUACAGAGUGUUUAUGUUGGGAUGUUGCUAUCUCUGUUUUCAUUUUUCUCUUUACCACUAGUUUGAUCAAAUUCUCGUGCAAAAUUGUUUACAAUUUUGCUUGUUUAAGUGACAUUUACAUUAUACAAUUUCAGAAAUUCAUUUUUUUUUUUUGACAAAUUCAUAUUUAUUUUCUGAUGAUUUUAAUUGGUUUGGUCAUUAUCUGGAAAAAGAGAGCAUCCAAUAAAUCUAUUAUAGCAUUAGGGUGUCUUAUAAGAUUCAUUAUUGAAUCUCUCACAAUAAUUGAUUAGAUAAAUUUACUCUUGAUAUGAUAUCAAAGUCUUUUGCUACCGAGAAUUUUUUUGUUUCAAUUCCGAUAACCCUUAUUUAUAAAACACAUGAUAUUCUCGUAUUCAAGGCUUAUGACGGACUUUCAUGGUUAUUGAUAACUACAAUACAUGCUAGAAUCUCCAAAAACAUAUAAACAAUACUAAAAUGCAUAUUAGUAUACCAUUACAUGUUAUUUUUAUUAAAAUAUAUAUUAAAGUGGAUUGCAUGAUUAAAAAUAUAUAAACAAUACUAAAAUGCAUAUUAGUAUACAAUUAAAUGUUAUUUUUAUUAAAAAGAAUUAUAUGUUAUCCAUUAUUCUUUUUUAUGACAUUUUCGUAAUUUUUUUGGCAAUUUUUUAAAAAUUUGAAAACUACAGAUCACGUAUUCGCCUUAAGACUAUCCUUCACCGAAGAUUAAGUCUAUUAAACACCGAUUUGGACGGAUUUUUUCUAGUUCGAUUUUUGGCAAAUUCGAAAUGGGUACCAUCACAGAUUUCAGAUGAUUUUUUCGGAAGGCCAUUCUACUUGAUUUUGAAGGCUACAUAUCAUGGAUUCGGCCUGGAGGCUAUUCUCCACCGAUGAAGAAGUCUAUUAAUCGCCGAUUUGAUAGGAUUUUCGUCGGAGGGAAUUUCAUAAUUUUUGGGCGAUUUUUUCGAAAUGUAAUUUUCCUUGGAUUCUGAAACUACAGAUCACGGAUUUGGCAUGAGGUUAUUAUUAACGGAUGAUUAAGUCUACUAAGUACCGAUUUGGGCGUAUUUUUUCUAGGUUCAUUUUUGGCAGAUUCCAAAGGGGUACCAUCAUAGAUUUCGCGACAUUUUUCCGAAAUACCAUUUUCUUUGGAUUUUGAAGACUACAAAUCAUGGAUUCGGCCAUAGACUAUUCUCUGGCGAUGAUGAAGUCUAUUAAUCAUAUUCUCCAAUCUUCACCAAUGAUUAAGUCUAAUGAGCCUCGAUUUGGGCAGAUUUAUUUUUGGAAGCAUUUUCAUAAUGUUUUGGUCGAGUUUUUUCGAAAGCCAUUUUUCUUGGAUUUUAAAGGUUAGAGAUCACGGAAUUGGCCUGAGGCUAUUCUUCACCGAUGAUUAAGUCAAUUAAGCACCAAUUUAGGCGUAUAUCUUCCGGGCAAAUUUUUGGCAGAUUCCAAAUGUCAUUUUCUUUUGAUAUUGAAAGGUGUAGAUCAUGGAUUCAGCCCAAGGUUAUUCUGCACCGAUGAUGAAGUCUGCUGGUCAUAUUCUCCACCAACAAUUAAGUCCAUUAAGCACUGAUUUGGGUGGAUUUAUUUUCGGAUGCCAUUUUACGUAAUUUUUUGGGCAAUUUUUUCCGAAAGGCCAUUUUGCUUGGAUUUUGAAGGCUACAUAUCACAGAUUCGAUCUGAGACUAUUAUUAAUCGAUGAUUAAUUCCUUUAAGCACCGAUUUGGACAGAUUUCUUCUAGGUCCAUUUUUGACAGAUUCCAAAGGUACCAUCACAGAUUUCGGUCCGAAAUGUCAUUUUCUUUCUAUUUUGAAGGGUAGAUCACGUUCGACCCGAUCCUAUUCUCCAACUGUGAUGAAGUCUAUUAAUCAUAUUCUCCAACGAUGAUAAAGUCCAUUAAUCACUGAUUUUGGUAGAUUUAUUUUUAGAUGACACUUUCAUAAUUUUUUAGCGAUUUAUUUCAAAAUGCCAAUUUCCUUGGAUUUUGAAGGCUAGAGAUCACGGAUUCGGGCUGAGGCUAUUCUUCCUUGAUGAUUAAGUCCAUUAAGCACCAAUUUGGGGAAUUUAUUUCGGUCCCUUUUGUGCAGAUUCCAAAGUGUCCAUCAAAGAUUUCAUGCGAUUUUUUCCGAAAUGUUAUAUUCUUUCAAUUUUGAAGGUUACAUAUCACAGAUUCGACCCGAGACUAUUCUCCACUCAUAAUGAAGUCUAUUGAUCCAAUUCCCCACCUAUGAUUAAGUUCAUUAAGCACUGAAUUUCACAGUUUUAUUUUCGGAUGACAUUUUCAUAAUUUUUUUAGAGAUUUGUUUCAAAUGUCAUUUUCCUUGGAUUUUGAAGGCUACAUAUCACGGAUUUGGCGUGAGGCUAUUCUUCCUCGAUAAUUAAGUCCAUUAAGCACCAAUUUGGAGGUACUUUUCCCAGGUCCAUUUUGAGCAGAUUCCGAAGGGGUAACCAUCACAGAUUUCGGGCAAUUUUUCGGAAAUGCCAUUUCUUUCGAUUCUGGAGCUACAGAUCACGGAAUCAGGCCGAGGCUAUUCACCACCGAUAAUGAAGUCUAUUAAUACUAUUCUCCACGGACGAUAACUCUAUUAAGCACCGAUUGGGGCCAAUUUAUUUUUGGAUGGCAUUUUUGUAAUUUUUUGGGCGACGAAAUGCCAUUUUCUUUGGAUAUUGAAGGAUAGAGAUCACGAAUUCAGACUGAGGCUAUUUUUCAAUGAUGAUUUAGUCCAUUAAACACCGAUUUGGGGGGAUUUAUUCCGGGUCAAUUUUUGGCAGAUUCCAAAGAGGUACCAUUACAGAUUUCGGGCGAUUUUUCCGAAAUGCCAUUUUCUUUCGAUUCUGGAGGCUACAGAUCACGGAAUCAGGGUGACGCUAUUAUCCACGGAUAAUGAAUCUAUUGAUCCUAAUCUCCACGGAUGAUAAGUCCAUUAAGAACCGAUUUGGGCCAAUUUAUUUUCGGAUGGCAUUUUCGUAAUUUUUUGGGAGACGAAAGGCCAUUUUCGUUGGAUAUUGAAAGCUACAUAUCACAGAUUCGGCCUGAGGCUAUUCUUCAUUGAUGAUUGAGCCCUUUAAGAACCGAUUUGGGCGGAUUUAUUCCGGGCAAUUUUUGGCAGAUUCCAAAGGGGUACCAUCACAGAUUUCGGGCAAUUUAUUUGAAAUUCCAUUUGCUUUCGAUUCUGGAGCCUACAGAUCACGGAAUGAGGCCGAGGCUAUUCUCCACCGAUAAUUAAGUCUAUUGAUCCUAUUCUCCACGGAUGAUACGUCCAUUAAGCUCCGAUUUGAGCCAAUUUAUUUUCGGAUCAUAAUUUAUUGGACGACGAAAGGCCAUUUUCUUUUGAUAUUGAAGGCUACAGAUCACAUAUUCGGCAUGAAGCUAUUCUUCAACGAUGAUUGAGUCCAUUAAGCAUCGAUUUGGGGGGGAUUUAUUACGGGUCAAUUUUUGGCAGAUUCCAAAGGGUACCAUCACCCAUUUCGGGCGAUUUUUCCGAAAUGUCAUUUUCUUUCGAUUCCGGAGGCUACAGAUCACGAAAUCAGGCCGAGGGUAUUCUCCACCGAUAAUGAAGUCCAUUGAUCCUA